AUUUGGGUGUUCCGGCAAUGUCUAAUAGGUGGAGUUCUCUUCCACAGCAUGAGUUAUAAGCAUGUAAUUGCAGGAAAUGAUUACACUAUUGAAUUCCAACAUCUGGAUAACAAGCUCUUUGGUUCGAUCCACACUUAUGCAAAAGUUGAAGAAAAAUACCAGAAAGCACUGUCUGACGAUAGAAAAUGUUCUUGCUAUUUGCCCUCCCAUUACUUUGCUAUCGUGGAAAUUUUGGACCAAGCUGAUGAUCAGUUACCCAGAUACAGAGACAGGACUGUCAUUAACUACAUCACUAGAGUGAAGAAAUUGGGCAGGUACUGUUUGUGAUACACUAACGAAAAACUUAUAUGCUUAUCACUAUGGACAAAAUGACUUGUAAACCUUCUGUUAAACAUGCUGUUAUUAACAGUAUCAGAAAUACAAUUCCAACAAGAAUAAUGUUUUGUCUUCUCAAAUUCUUAUUACACCCUUUGGGAGCAUUACAUCUACCUAUCAAUAACUAUAUCAUUUAUUUGUUCUUUUUUCAGACUUUUAGCUGUUCCUGUGCUGAAUGUAAUACAAAAGUAUCUCAGAGUGGAUGUUUCUUCUGGAUCAUAUAUUUGUCAGUUACCGAAUCCAUAUGAAAAAAACUGA